CUCAAUACCCUCCAGAAACCAAAAACAAGCACAGAAACACACUCGAUUUGGUGUAAUUAUUUUGUUCCUUCAAUUGUUCAACUUUCUCUCUGUUUCUACUGUUUUCUUGUGUUCUUGAGGCGAGUUUUGAUUUUGGGUUUCGGCCAUGGCGGAUGAUUCGUAUGAGGAAGAGUGUGAUUACCUUUUCAAGGCGGUUCUGAUUGGCGACUCGGCGGUCGGGAAAUCGAACCUUCUGUCGAGGUUCUCGAAUGAUGAGUUUCGAUUGGAUUCUAAGCCGACUAUAGGGGUUGAAUUUGCUUACCGGAAUGUUAAAAUUGCAGACAAGAUCAUCAAGGCUCAAAUAUGGGACACCGCCGGCCAAGAAAGGUUUAGAGCCAUUACAAGUUCAUACUACCGUGGAGCCUUAGGUGCAUUGCUUGUGUACGACAUAACCAGGAGAGCAACAUUCGACAAUGUGAAGAAAUGGCUCCGAGAGCUGAGAGAGUUCGGUAAUUUGGACAUGGUGGUUGUUCUUGUGGGCAACAAAUGUGAUUUAGGACAGUCCAGAGAAGUCGACGAGGAAGAAGGAAAGAACCUGGCAGAGUCAGAAGGUCUAUGUUUCAUGGAAACGUCUGCACUAGAAAACUUGAAUGUUGAGGCAGCAUUCCUACAGAUGAUCGGUAAGAUACAUGAAAUUACAAGCCAGAAAUGUUUGGAAGCGAAGACAAAUGAAACCAGAACUAGUCUUCAACGUGGAAAAGAAAUUAUCAGUAUUGAUGAAGUGACUGCCACUAAACAACAGUACUCGACUUGCUGUUAUAAGUGAACUAAUAUUAUUUUUUGAGGACCAUAUGCGGGGGAAAAUUUGAUCUUUGAUUUUAACAUGGAGGAAAUAGUUUGAUUAUAUAUAAAAAAAAAUAAAAUCGUGCGUGUUCA